AUGGAUUUAGAUAUAUUUAACAACAUUCAUCAGCAACCAUAUGAGGGAAAUUAUGAGUAUAGCAUGUUAAAAGCUGUGAGAGUAGUGACUCAGCUCUACCUACACAUUUUGUCUAUGGCAUUUGCUGUAAAGGAGAUUAAUGAAAAUCUCCAGAUUUUGUCCAAUCUCACCCUAGGCCUUCAUAUCUAUAACAGCAAUUUUAUUGCAAGCUGGACAUACCAUGCCUCAAUGGAACUCUUCUCAACACAAGGCAAGCUAAUCCCUAACUAUAAGUGUGAAACAGAAAAAAAUCUGGUGUCAGUCAUUGGAGGACCCGAUUCUGAAGUCUGUAUCCACAUGGCAGCCAUCCUGUCCAUUUACAAGAUUCCACAAUUCACUUAUGGUUCUGCUUCUGAGACGAAUAGGAAAACUCAAGCUGUUUUCCAGCACCAGCUCUUUCCAGAUGUACAAAGACAAUAUAAUGGGAUUCUUCAGUUACUGUUGCAUUUCCAGUGGACAUGGAUUGGAGUAGUAUAUGACAAUGAUAAUAAUGGAGAGAGAUUUAUCCAGGAUGCUCUUCCUAUAUUUUCUCAGAGAGGAAUCUGUUUUGAUUAUAUUGAAAAAUUCCCAGUAAUUACAUCAGUUAGUGACAUUGAUAAGAUGGUGACAGAGGGGUUAAACCUGUAUGGUGUUGUAAUUGGAAGUAUUGCUAACGUAUCCGUUAUUUAUGGUGAAAUUGAGACCAUGAUAUUUGUCAGACUGUUUCCCAUUAUAUUGAAAUAUGAGGAUGUAACAAUACAUGCAACAGGAAGGGUUUACGUUAUGACAGCUCAGAUGGAUUUCACAUCAUUCUCCUUUCAAAAGAAUGAAGACAUAGACUUUCUUCAUGGUGCCCUGUCCUUAGCAGUUCAUUCAAAGGAGGUCCUGAGAUUCACUGACUUUCUUCAGUUGACAAAUGCUACCUUUAAAGGAGAAGAUGGUUUCAUUCAGGCUUUUUGGGAAGAAGCCUUUGGAUGUUUCUUUCCUGAGUCCAUGAUAAAGAGGCAAGGAAGGGUCUCCUGCACUGGUGAGGAGAAACUGGAGAAUCUCCCAGCAUCUAUUUUUGAAAUGAGCAUGACCUCCCAUAGCUACAGCAUCUACAAUGCAGUCUAUGCUGUGACUUAUGUUUUGCACAACAUGCUUUCAUUUCAAUCAAAAAAGAGUGUCCAUGAAGCAACCCAAAGCCUACUGGCUCAACACCUGUGGAAGCUCAACCAUUUUGUGAAAAUCAUCUCAUUUAACAACAGUGUUGGGGAAACUGUUUACUUUAAUCAAAAUGGAGAAAUGGAAACUGGAUUUGAUAUUUUCAACUGGGUAACAUUUCCAAACCUUUCAUUCCUUAGAGUCAAAGUUGGAGACAUACAACCCUUGUCUCAGACAGAAAAAACAUUUACUAUUUCAGAGGAAUCCAUAAUUUGGCCAAAGUGGUUUAAUCAGGCAAAGCCUUUUUCUCUCUGCAAUGACAAUUGUCAUCCAGGUUAUAGGAAGGCCAAAAAGGAAGGGAAACCAUUUUGCUGCUAUGAUUGCCUUCUUUGUCCAGGAGGAAAGAUUUCUAAUCAGAAAGACAUGGACAAUUGCUUUCAGUGUCCACAACAUCAUUAUCCCAAUGAGGAGCAAAAUUUUUGCAUUCUAAAAUAUGUAACUUUUUUGUCCUAUGGAGAACCUUUGGGGAUCACCUUCACCAGUUUUAUUAUUAUUUUUUCUAUCAUUACUAUUUUGGUGCUCUGGCUCUUCAUUAAACACAAUGACACCCCUAUUGUGAAAGCCAACAAUGAGACCCUCACCUACAUUCUUCUCAUCUCUCUCCUGCUUUCAUUUCUUUGUACCUUGCUUUUUAUUGGUUGGACUCAUCAAUGGACAUGUCUUCUUCGGCAAGUUACUUUUGGUAUCAUCUUCUCUGUGGCAGUUUCUAGCAUUUUGGCAAAGACUAUCAUUGUAAUUCUAGCUUUCAUGGCUACCAAGCCAGGGUCCAGAAUUAGAAAAUGGAUGGGAAACAGACUGGCUGUUUCUAUGGUUGUUUCUUGUUCCUUUAUUCAAACCAUUAUUUGCAUUGUAUGGCUAUCAACCUCUCCCCCAUUCCUAGAUGUUGACAUGAAUUCCGUGCCAAAGGAAAUAGUAUUGAUUUGUAAUGAAGGGUCAAUCGUCAUGUUCUACUGUGUCCUUGGUUUUAUGGGUUUCUUGGCAACUAUCAGCUUCAUAGUGGCUUUCCUGGUCAGGAAAUUACCUGACACAUUUAAUGAAGCCAAAUUUAUUACCUUUAGCAUGUUGAUAUUUUGUAGCAUCUGGCUAUCAUUUGUUCCAACAUACUUGAGCACAAAGGGGAAAUAUAUGGUAGCUGUUGAGAUCUUUUCUAUUUUGUGCUCCAGUGCGGGGUUGCUGGCUUUUAUUGUUUUCCCAAAAUGUUACAUUAUUGUGGUGAGGCCUGAUUUAAAUAACAAGGAACAGCUAAGAAGGGGAAGAAUUUAA